CAUUUGUUGUUAACAUUUUCUUUUGGCUGCUAGUUUUGUUAACAACAAAUGUUAAAAGUCCGCCAUCUUAUUAAUCAACGCUCAUGCACAGCCAGCAUUUCUAGUUGAGACAAUGGUGCGAGAGGAUGACGUGCUUCUCGCUGCAGCUGCGUGCGUUGUAUUGGCUACCGCCGCUCAAAGGAGACGUAGGAGAUACUGGGUGAAACCGUCACUCAGAGCAAGGACUGUGUACAGUGGGAGUGACAUGUUAAACGAUCUGGAAGAAGACGAUCGUGACCCUCUUUCAGGCGAGCUAAGGUGCGACGGAAGCAUAAAGAAUUUCCUCCGCAUGACCAGCAGUGAUGUUGAGUGGUUGAUCGGACAACUGGGGCACAGAAUUGGGAAAAAGGACACCAACUACAGAAAAGCCAUUCCAGUGAAAGAAAGACUUGCGGUCACUUUGCGGUUUUUAGCUACAGGGGACUCGUUUACAAGUUUAGGAUAUUUAUUUAAAAUAUCAAAAUCAACAAUUUCAUUGAUGGUUCCACAAGUACUAGAUGGUUUGAUUGAUUGCUUCAAAGAAAAUGUAAAGGUA